UAGGAACGGCAUGGUUCUUUCGACCACUCGGGUGCGGUCUCAUUUCUGCAAAUCGAGAAAUUCGGUUCUCGCAAAGCCAUAAUCUGUACGGGGAUUGCCUCGAAGAAACAGAAAGAUCACAAAAUAGAGAACGAAAACAAGAAAUCAGGCUGCAAGAAAACUGGCACGAAAUGUUAGCAGGAGGAAAAUGAUGCGUAGAAUCAAUUUUGUGGAAUGAGCUACCAUUUUCUUCAUGAUUCUGCGCCUAAUUCUGCCCUUCGAUUCGGUCUUUUCCAUUUGCGAGUUCGGUUUCGUUAACCAUGGCAAGAUGUAUAACUUCGAUCCGGCAUUGUAUAUCUCCGAGUUCCCGCAUGGAGUCCUCAGCGAAGACGGAUAUUGCUAAUCUUCCUCUGCCUCUGGUUUGAUAGUUAAAAGGAAGAGUGAUUUAUAUCAGAAUGUUAUUUCUCUUCCUACGCGUUGUUCAUUUCUUCUCACUUUUCUAUUUUAUUUAUGCUAUUCAUUUCUGUUAGGUUUUACAGAGUAGCAGAAAAUGAUACUAUUGCCUGGUUUCAGGUUUGCUCCAUCAGGUUACAUAUUAUUUUUUCAUUGAGUAUCAAAUACUUUCUUAUAAAUUGUCAUCCUUCCUGUAUAUUGACAAUUUCAACAGAUAUGUGAGACUAGCUCAAUAUUCGGCAAAAAUAAGCAUAUUCUUUGUGUGAUUAGGAAACUAGAUCUUAUUUCCUUUGAACUAUAGCUUUGCAGUUUCUUCCUGUUCCUUAGUAGCUCGUAUAUACACCUACAUAUUUAUAAUCAAUAGAUAUGAAAAAGAUGCACUCAAGCACCCUGCAUACGAUAACUCUAGUAUCAUUCUUAUAAUUCUUGGCAUGAUUUUGGAAGUCUAUUAUUUGAUCACUUACUUGUUUUUGUGAUCAAUUUUAAUUUUUGUCUCAUAUCACAAGCCUAUAUAUUUUGUACCUAGAACCAGCUGAUUGAUUGUUUUCUUCAAACUUGACCUCUGAGUAUCAAACGGUUGAUAUGUCUGGAUCCUUCGUAAAACUGAUAAGAUGAUAGUUGCGCAUGGAACAUGAAAAGCUUCAUCAUUUUGACAUUCAGCAGAUUUUUUCUUGUGUGUCUUUUAUAUAAUAAGGUAGUUUACUUGUUUAACUUCGUGAUAUCUUUUAUGCUGUUGUGGAGCAGUUAUGGGAUGGGAUGAUUUUCAAUCAUGAUCCACCUAUGUAUGUUGAUUGCUUGGUAUGUGCACCUCAUGUUCCUGCAGGUUAGUUUUUUUGUUUUUGUUUUUGUUUUUUUAUUGCAUUUUCUAGUAUUGUGGGGACCCUCGCAUGUGUUGGUGGUUGGUAUAUAUACCCACUAUCCCAGAGUCUGUAAAUGACAUGGCAUGGACACGGAAGGGUCGAAUGCCUCGAUAAAAUCUGGAUGGAUGGAUGUUUGGGAUCCCUCGACGGUAUAAGCAACACAUGAGUCCAAUCUUGAUGGACAUGAUCGAGUGAGCUACGAGGAUCGAUGACAUGCCAAGAUUUAGGAUGACAUCAAGACAUGUAGACCGUAUUAAUUUGGGAACCAAGAUGACAAGAUGAGAUGCAACAUUGUAUGUGUGAGAGACCUAAUUUGGCAACCAAGAUGCCAAGAUGAGAUGCAACGUUGCAUGUGAGAGACCUUGGCCUCGAGUAGAAGCAAAGCCGAACCAAAUACUUGGCCUAGUGUAGAGGCAAGUCGGAUAGGUUGCAUACGAUUGAACAUGCACGCAUGGGUGGCGUGUGUAGCCGAACAAGCUUAGAUUCUGCAUGAAUUGUGUUCAGUUGACGAAAACAAACCUUACCUAAAUUCUAAUGAAGCCACAAAUACGGACAAAAAAUAAAUAUGGGGCUUAGGUUCUCUUUAAGGCUUGUCAUGAUGCCGCACCGUUAAAUAUAUCCUAAUGUUAUUCCCAACCCGGAAUUCUGGCUUAGCCUACCUCAUAAAAUUCAGAGUUUGUUUGCAUCUCUGGUCCAAAAAUUGAAGGGACCCUCGCAAGGUCAUCGAGAUAUUUAUUCUCCGGUAAACUUCUGAUCACACACAUUUUGUGCUUCAAAUUGCCGGCAAAUACAGCGACAAGAGGUCAUCCUGAAAUUGCGCCAGCAACCCUAUACCUCUGCUAUAGAUCUGCAUCUUGUACUUGAGAAGCUUAGGGAGAGAGAGAGAGAGAUAGCUCCUGUCGGGUAGCCCUUCGCUCCAUAACCCAGUCUUCUACCCACUCGAGCGAGAGAUCGAGAUGCAAAUGAACGUGAUCACAUGCUUAUGCCUCCUCCUCCCAACUCUUCCUCCUCCAUCCUCAGGAAAUCUCGAUUCUCCCCAUACCUCUUCACUCUCGUGGUCUUCAUCUUCUUCGUCUCCAUCCUUCGUAAAGACCUUGCCUGCGUCUUCAGCCAGCAACUCCAGCUCGACCUCGCCCCCGCCACUGCUCCACCCGCCACAGAGAAGAAGAGGGAUAAAUUGGCAUUUGAGAUAGGGAAAUUGGAGGAGGGGUGUGACGUGUUCAGUGGGAGCUGGGUUAGGGACGAGGUGACUCGGCCGCUAUAUGAUGAGUCGGAUUGUCCGUACAUUCCGCCGCAGCUGACGUGUCAGAAGCACGGCCGGCCGGACCGGAGUUAUCAGUACUGGCGGUGGCAGCCCCACGGCUGCAAUCUUCCCAGGUUUAAUGCGAGCAUGAUGCUAGAAACCUUAAGGGGAAAGAGGAUGAUGUUCGUUGGAGAUUCUCUAAAUAGAGGGCAAUAUGUUUCAAUGGUUUGUCUUCUUCACUCUCUAAUUUCCGACGACGCCAAAUCUAUGGAAACAUUCGGUUCACUCACUGUCUUCACCGCCAAGGAGUACAAUAUGACAAUCGAGUUCUAUUGGGCGCCGUUUCUCUUGGAAUCGAACUCGGAUAAUGCAGUGAUCCACCGAAUUUCGGAUCGGAUAGUGAAAAGAGAUUCAAUUAAUAAACAUGGAAGGCAUUGGAAAAAGGUUGAUAUUAUGGUUUUCAAUACUUAUCUUUGGUGGAUUACUGGCUCGAACAUGAAAAUCCUACAAGGGUCUUUCGGGGACGAAGCACAGGACAUAGUAGAGUUGCCCACAAAGGAUGCUUAUCGCAUGGCAAUGAAGAGCAUGUUGAGAUGGGUUAGGAAGAACAUGGACCCCAAAAAGACUAGGGUUCUCUUCACUGCCAUGUCCCCUUCUCAUGGAAAGAGUAUUGAUUGGGGUGGUGAAGAGGGUGGCAACUGCUACAACCAAACGACUCUAAUUGAAGAUCCAAACUAUUGGGGAUCCGAUUCGAAAAAAAGCAUAAUGGAAGUGAUUGGAGAAGUUUUCAACAUGUCGAAGUUUCCUAUCACAUUUCUUAACAUCACACAACUCUCGAGCUAUCGUAGAGAUGCACACACAUCAAUUUACAAGAAGCAAUGGUCACCAUUGACGCCAGAGCAGCUAGCGAACCCGGUAAGCUACGCGGAUUGCAUCCAUUGGUGCAUGCCUGGUCUCCAAGAUACUUGGAAUGAGCUUCUUUUUACCAAACUUUUCUAUCCUCAUUAAUUGAUGUUAAAAUUCAUCUGGGUUCCCUCAGAUCCUCUUUGUUUCACGUGGGUUUGUGAGAUUUGGGAUUGGUUGGUGUAGAUAAAAGAUGAGAAAAUCAAUUGAAAGAUAGAGAGAAUGAUCACUAUCACGGUCAUAUAUCU